UCCGGUACUCAUCUGACCUAAUUCAUGAAACUUCAGUUUGUAAAGGUUCGAUCAACGAUUCUGAACUUGUUGUUUGAGAUAAAAAGACGCUUAAGCCACAAAUGGCUAAUAUAGCAGUAGCUCGGAUAAAAAGAGAAUUUAAAGAGGUUGUGAAAAGCGAGGAGGUGAAAAGCUUUGAAAUUAGUGUAGAAUUAACAAAUGACACUUACACAGAAUUAAAAGGAGAGAUAGCAGGGCCACCUGAUACCCCAUAUGAAGGAGGAAAAUACCAGCUUGAAAUAAAGAUUCCAGAGACUUACCCAUUUAAUCCACCUAAGGUACGCUUUAUAACAAAAAUAUGGCAUCCAAAUAUCAGUUCAGUGACAGGUGCCAUCUGUUUAGACAUUUUAAAAGAUCAGUGGGCUGCAGCGAUGACGUUACGGACAGUUCUGAUUUCCCUACAAGCUCUCCUUGGUGCAGCAGAACCAGAUGAUCCACAAGAUGCAGUUGUAGCAAAACAAUACAAAGAAAACCGGGCAAUGUUUGAGAAAACUGCACGGCAUUGGGCAUAUGCUUAUGCUGGAGCAAGUAAUAGAGAUCCUGAUCUCAUUGAAAAGUUAAAGCAAGCAGUUUCCAUGGGAUUUGAAGAAAACCGAGCAAGAACUGCUCUCUCAACCUGCAACUGGGAUGUGGAAAGAGCUNUAAAGUGUAACUCGGUUAAAGGUACUUUGCUAGAUUGA